GGGUUAAUGUCCGCACAUAGGAGCCGGGCUGCUCGGGUACCCUAUUGGUUCACUGGGGCUUUGCAUACAAUUCAGUCCCAUUCACUCCCAUAAUAAAGGGUUGUGGUGCUGCUCCUGCUCGGCUGGUAUUUGAUGCCACAAUAGGUACGCAGUGCUGCAUUCUAUGGGCGCUGGGCUGGAAUUGACACAUAAAAGCAUCAGAGCUGUCACCCUGAGCACUAGGACCCAGGAGGCCUCGACACCAGGAUGGACAUGUCAGCACCGGGCAGCCUGGCUUCAGGAGGGGAUGCAGGGGGUCUCUAGAUGUACAGCACUACCACCAUACAGCAUCUGCAUGGACAGCCCAUCCCUGUGACUCCCCCAGCAGCCAUGCUUGAUAAGAACGAAUCAGCUGAAUAAAGAAGGAAAGACAGCAGCAUGGCCCAAAGCAAGAGGCACACGUACAGCCGGACCCCGAGCUCUGUGGCCAGGAUGAGCGUGGAGGCCACCGGUAAGCCCCUGAAGGUGGGCUCUCGAGUGGAGGUGAUCGGGAAGGGUCACCGCGGUACUGUCGCUUUCGUGGGGGCCACGCUGUUCGCCACUGGGAAGUGGGUGGGAGUCAUCCUCGACGAUGCCAAGGGCAAGAAUGACGGCACCGUGCAGGGCAGGAAGUACUUCACCUGUGAGGAGAACCACGGGAUCUUCGUGCGUCAGUCACAGAUCCAGGUGGUAGAAGACGGAGCAGAUACGACAUCCCCCGAAACCCCAGAGCCGGCGGCCACAAAGGUUCUGAAGAGAGAAACGACUGACACCCCGAAGGCCAGUAAGCUGCGUGGAUUAAAGCCUAAGAAGCAGGCACCGACGACUAGGAAGAUCACCACCCGCCGCACCAAGCCCACUCGCCCGUCCAGCUCUGCGGCAUCCAGUGGUACAGCCGGGGCCUCAGGAUCAGCAUCAGCAUCAUGUGGGGAGAUCAGCAGCAGCGAGCCCAGCACUCCGGCACAGACCCCUCUAGCGGCUCCUAUCAUCCCUUCACCCUCAUUGACUUCUCCAGUGGCCCCAUUGCCGGCCCCGGGGCCCUCCAAGGAAGAGGAAAGUCUGAGGGCCCAGGUGAAAGAUCUGGAGGAGAAACUAGAGACUCUGAAGAUGAAGAGAGCCGAGGACAAGACCAAGCUGAAGGAGCUGGAGAAGUCCAAGCUUCAACUGGAGCAGCUGCAGGAAUGGAAGAGCAAGAUCCAGGAGCAGCAGGCCGACCUCCAGCGCCAGCUCAAGGAGGCCAAGAAGGAGGCCAAGGAAGCUCUGGAGGCCCAAGAGCGCUACAUGGAGGAGAUGGCGGACACGGCCGAUGCCAUAGAGAUGGCUACGCUGGAUAAGGAGAUGGCUGAGGAGCGAGCCGAAUCCUUACAGCAGGAAGUGGAGACCAUGAAGGAGAAGGUGGAGGAGCUGACUAUGGACCUGGAGAUUCUCAAACAUGAGAUAGAAGAGAAAGGGUCUGAUGGAGCGGCAUCCAGUUACCAGGUGAAGCAGCUGGAAGAACAGAAUGCCAGGCUGAAGGAAGCUCUGGUCAGGAUGAGGGAUCUGUCGGCCUCAGAGAAGCAGGAACACGUCCGGGUGCAGAAACAGCUGGAGAAAAAGAACGCAGAGCAGGACAGUCUGAGACAGCAGAAGGAGAAGCUGCAGGAGGAGGCGUCACACAUGGAGAAGACCAUUGAUGAACUGAAGGAACAGGUGGAUGCUGCUCUGGGAGCUGAAGAAAUGGUGGAAACGCUGACCGAAAGGAACCUGGACCUGGAGGAGAAAGUCCGAGAACUGCGAGAGACUGUCACCGACCUGGAAGCCAUCAAUGAGAUGAAUGAUGAGCUGCAGGAGAACGCUCGGGAGACAGAAUUGGAGUUACGGGAGCAGCUGGACAUGGCCAUCGCCCGGGUGCGGGAGGCAGAGAAGCGGGUGGAGGCCGCGCAGGAGACCGUGGCGGAUUACCAGCAGACUAUAAAGAAGUACCGGGACCUGACUGCCCACCUCCAGGAAGUGAAUCGGGAGCUGCACAACCAGCAGGAGGCCACCGUGGAGAAGGAGCAGCAGCCGUCGCCCGAAAUGUUCGACUUCAAGAUUAAGUUUGCUGAGACUAAGGCCCAUGCCAAGGCCAUCGAGAUGGAGCUGCGCAAGAUGGAGGUGAACCAAGCCAACCGCCACGUGUCGCUCCUCACCUCCUUCAUGCCUGACAGCUUCCUGCGCCACGGAGGAGACCACGACUGCAUCCUGGUGCUGCUGCUCAUCCCCAGACUCAUCUGCAAGGCGGAGCUCAUCAGUAAACAGGCCCAGGAGAAGUUCGAGCUCUCGGAGGCCAAUGGAGAGAAGACCGGCAUGAGAGGAGCUGUGGGGGAACAGAUGAGCUUUGCCGCUGGUCUGGUGUAUUCCCUCAGCCUCCUGCAGGCGACGCUACACAAAUACGAGCAGGCUCUAAAUAAAUGCAGUGUGGAGGUGUAUAAGAAGGUGGGGAUGCUGUACCCAGAGAUGAGCGUGCACGAGCGAUCCCUGGACUUCCUCAUCGAGUUACUGCACAAGGAUCAGCUGGAUGAGACGGUGAACGUGGAGCCCCUCACCAAGGCCAUCAAGUAUUACCAGCACCUGUACAGUAUCCACCUGGCUGACCAGCCCGAGGACUGCACCAUGCAGCUGUCAGACCACAUCAAGUUUACACAGAGCGCCCUGGACUGUAUGGGGGUAGAAGUGAGCAGACUGCGCACCUUCCUACAUAUUGGACAGGAGGCGUCAGACUUCGCAAUUCUCCUGAAGGAUCUGGAGACUUCAUGCAGCGACAUUCGCCAGUUCUGCAAGAAAAUCCGGCGCAGGAUGCCUGGUACAGAGGCGGCGGGGAUACCAGCGGCCCUAAACUUCGGUCAACCGGUUUCAGAGACACUCUUAGACUGCCGUAAACAUCUGAAGUGGGUGGUGGCGGUGUUCCAGGAGGUGGCAGCGGCGGGGGCGCAGAUGAUCGCACCUCUUGGGGAGAAUGAAGGGCUGCAGGCUCUCAAACUGGAGGACGUGGCCUUUAAAGCUACAGAGCAGAUUUUCGGCACACAGGGCAGUAACCCCUACGAGUGCCUCCGCCAGUCCUGUGCCAUACUGAUCGCCACCAUGAACAAGAUGGCCACUGCCAUGCAGGAGGGCGAAUAUGAUGCUGAGAAGCCACAGAGCAAGUCUCCUCCCCCUGUUGAGCAGCGAGCAGCCGCCCUGCGGGCCGAGAUCACUGACGCUGAGGGGCUGGGCCUAAAGCUGGAGGACAGGGAGACGGUCAUCAAAGAGUUAAAGAAAUCUCUUAAGAUAAAGGGCGAGGAGCUGAGUGAAGCCAACGUUCGGCUCAGUCUUCUGGAGAAGAAAUUGGACAGCGCUUCAAAGGAGGCCGAUGACAGGGUGGAGAAGAUCCAGACGAAACUGGAGGAGACGCAGACCCUGCUGAAGAAAAAGGAAAAGGAGUUUGAGGAGACCAUGGACGCCCUGCAGGCCGACAUCGACCAACUGGAGUCUGAGAAGGCCGAGCUCCGCCAGCGGCUGAGCAACCAGUCCAAGCGCACCAUCGAGGGCCUGCGCGGAUCCCCGGGGUCCGGAGUGGGCUCCAUUGUGUCAGGCAUUACUGGAGAGGAAGAGCAGAGAGGUGUUCCAGCUAACCAGUCCAUGCUGAACGGCUCCGGUCCCGUCCAGGUGAAGGACUCCCCCCUGCUGCUCCAGCAGAUCGACACCCUGCGCCUCUCCAUGAAGCACCUAAAACACGAGAACAACCGGCUAAAGGCUAAGCACAUAAAGGAGGAGCUGGCUAUGCUUCCCCCGCUCACCAUCCCAAAACUGACCCUACCCAAAGACCGGCAGGAAGCCAUGUCCGGAACACUGUACCGCAAGACCAGCCAGCUGCUGGACACCCUGCAACAGAUGAGCGCGAACUCCAAGGUGGUGGACAUCACCCACAAGAAGGCCGGUAACCCAGCCGCCCAACUCCUGGAGCAGACCGCACGGCUACAGUCCCUGAGCGACACUAUAGACAAGCUCAAGGAUGAAGUCCUAAAGGAGACCGUCUCCCAGUGCCCUGGGGCAAAUGUCCCGACAGAUUUCGCCACAUUCCCCUCCUCAGAUUUCAUAAAGGCCAAAGAGGAGAAGAGAGAAGACACGGUGUUGGUGGGUAAGGUGACCCUCCCCUGCCAGCGUGGCCAGGAGCAGAUCCACCGCCUGGUCCUGACCCCUGACCAGCUGCACCAGCUCCACGAGCGGCUGAUCUGCUGAGGAGACCCCGAGACCCCCACUUACUAUUUAUCAUGUUCUAGAACUGGGUCCUAAUACGAAGUAUGUGCCCCCCCUCCCGGCGGCUGCGGACAAUGCCGUGUGGAUCGCCCCCCGGGCUUCUGCUCUUCCCGCUUUGGUUUCUUAAUUUUUGGGACAUUAACUCUUCCUGAGCUGCACUACAGUAUAUGAGAUCUACACUGUCCUGUAUCACAUUCAAUGUAGACGACUUGUGCAAGUAAACAGGAGGCGCUAGACGUACCGUGUACUAAAGAGUGUCAUAAAUGUACUCUGCAUCCCAGCAUGCUCUGCGGUAACCAUUCCAUGCAUCCUUCAUAUAGGCACCUUUUUUUUUAAAGUGGAACUCCACAUGCUAAAGUAAUAACAUCCCACCCCUGAUGCAAAAUCACUAGUUGGCAGGAUUUUUAAAAGCAUUUCCUGUCCUUAAAGUGGUACUCCGCUGGAAAACGCUUCUUUUUUUUUUCCACAUCAACUGGUGCCAGAUUUGUAAAUGACUUCUAUUUAAAAAAAAAAAAAAUCUUAAUCCUUCCAGUACUUAUCAGCUGCUGAAGUUGAGUUGUUCUUUUCUGUCUGACAACAGUGCUCUCUGCUGACACCUCUGGCUGUCUCAGGAACUGUCCAGAGCAGGAUGGGUUUGCUAUGGGGAUUUGCUCCUACUCUGGACAGUUCCUGAGACAGACAGAGGUGUCAGCAGAGAGCACUGUGGUCAGACAGAAAAGAACUCCACUUCAGCAGCUGAUAAGUACUGGAAGGAUUAAGAUUUUUUUUUUUUUUACAGAAGUAAUUUACAAAGCUGUUUAACUCUUUUUUUGAACCAGCUGAUAUGAAAAAAAAAAUGUUUUUCACUGGAAUACCCUUUAACUCCUUCAUCUAGCAUCAUUUACCUUAAAGGGGUACUCCGGUGGAAAACAUUUUUUUUUUAAAUGAACUGGUGCCAGAAAGUUAAACAGAUUUGUAAAUGACUGUUAAAAAAUCUUUACCCUUCCAGUACUUUUUAGCAGCUGUAUUCUACAGAGGAAAUUCUAUGCUUUUUGAAUUUCUUUUUUGUCUUCUCCACAGUGCUCUCUGGUGACACCUGAUGCCCGUAUCAGGAACUUUCCAGAGCAGGAGAAAAUCAACAUUGUAAACCUAUGCUGCUCUGGACAGUUCCUGACACAGACAGCAGGUGUCAGCAGAGAGCACUGUGGACAAGACCAAAAAAAGAUAUUCAAAAAGUAUAGAAUUUCCUUUGUAGCAUACAUCUGCUAAAAAGUACUGGAAGGAUUAAGAUUUUUUUAAUAGAAGUGAUUUACAAAUCUGUUUAACUUUCUGGCACCAGUUGAUUAAAAAAAAAAAUAAUAAUAAUGUUUUCCACCGGAGUACCUCUGGGGCAUUCCAGUGAAAAACAUUUUUUUUUCAUAUCAGCUGACUCCAAAAAAGUUAAAACAGCUUUGUAAAUUACUUCUAUAAAAAAAAAUAAAAAAUUAAUCCUUUCAGUACUUAUCAGCUGCUGAAGUUGAGUUUCUCUUUUCUGUCUGACAACAGGGCUCUCUGUUGAGCUGGCUGUCUCAGGAACUGUCCAUAGUAGGAGCAAAUCCCCAUAGAAAACCUAUCCUGCUCUGGACAGUUCCUGAGACAGAUAGAGGUGUCAGCAGAGAGCACUGUGGUCAGACAGAAAAGAACAACUCAACUUCAGCAGCUGAUAAGUACUGGAAGGAUUAAGAUUUUUUUUAUAGAAGUAAUUUACAAUUCUGUUUAACUUUUUGGAGCCAGUUGAUGUGAAAAAAAUAGUUUUUCACUGGAAUACCCCUUUAAUCAGGGGAUAGGGCCAAUGUGAGGUAUGGCCCUGCCUAUGCAAAGUGCACUAAUCAGGGGUGGAGCCAUUGAAAACCAGGGCCCCAUCGAUGCAGAGCUUGUGCUAAUCAGAUGUGGAACCAUCAUGAGACAUGGCCCCGCCCAUACAGAAAGUAAAGUAUUCAGGGGUGGAGCCAAUGUGAAACAUGGCUCCGCCCAUGCAUAUAGUGCACAAAUCAGGGGUGGAGCAAUUGUAUUCACCAUUAAGGUGGAGGAGGUCAUUAAACUCCUCCCAGAUCUUUAGUAUGUGGGCGGGGAUUUCUGUUAAAGGGGUUUUCCACUCUGCUAUUUAUACCUACAAGGAAGGAGGGGAACUCCACUGCCUACAUGAGUGUUUCCAAACCAGGGUGCAAAACUACAACUCCCAGCAUGCACUCCCGAUCCCGUAUACACUAGCAAAUGUAUUGUGCAGGGGGACUCUUGCCCAACCCUUCUCUCCUCUGACAUCAAGAGUCGACAGAGAGUUGAGAGGCCAUUGUACACAUAGAUCAGUGUGCCUCCAGCUGUUGCAAAACUACAACUCCCAGCAAGCUGGGAGUUGUAGUUUUGCAACAGCUGGAGGCACACUGGUUGGGAAAUGCUGGCCUAGAGAACAGUUCCCCCUUAGCCUUUUUUGGCAGAGACAUCUCGGUGUGGAGUGCCCCUUUAAUCCCAUGUAGUUGGACGUUCUUAAAGUGCCUUUCUACAUCAAUGUUAUCUCAUGUUACCGCUACCGGGAGUUUCCUCCUUUUUGUGGGCGGAGUCAGACUAUGCCCCUCCCCCUGUUCUGGCGCAGUCGCCUUCUACUCCGCUCUGAUGUGUUAUACUGGACAAUAAACGCUGAGCUUGCA